AUGCGCUGUCUUAUCUGUCUUAAGGCUAUGCAAGCUUGCUUGCAAGCAAGUAAACUUCAGCGUAGCGGAUGCUUUCUAAUAAAUUCAUUUGCGAACUGUUCUGACAAAGCGUUUAUCUCCUCAUUAGUAGAGCAAAUGGCCGAGGGUGUUCAAGGUUAA